AUGGAAAGAACCUCGGAACCUCCCCACAGUGGGGCAAGCCCCUGGAAAGGGCUCCUGAUCACAGCCUCCAUCCUCAGCUGCUGGAUCCAGCCAAUGUCUGCUCAAGGUGCUCCUGUGACUGUUGUGCCAAGUCCUCCCCAUGGGACAGUGGGCAGCAGCAGCAUCUUGGACAUCUGGGGCUUCUCGGAGCAGGCUCUCAGCUAUAAUUGGUACAGAAAGACAACAGAGAACUCCAACAGGAUCGCCGCCUACAGUGUUCUCACUGGAGUGCAGACCCCAGCAGACAUCCGGGAGAAGGUCUUCUCCAAUGGCUCCCUGCUCAUCCCCAACCUCACCCUCAGUGACACCGAUGUCUACAUUGUAUUGAUUGUUGAUUUCAGUAUUGACAUGAUAGUAUCAGCACAAGCACAAUUAGCAGUGUACGGGACCAGGAGAGUCCAGAACAGGACCCACCCCCACCUAAUGUACACCAAGGAGCCCCUGUAUUACCUGCUGAUGGUACCAGGAGAGAGCAUGACCUCAAAGUCUUGCUAUAAGCCUGAUAUGAAACAGGGCUCUAGUACAGAAAAACCAGCCAAACCUAACCUUAGUGCCAGCAGUAUGAAUGUCAUAGAGAAUGGCACUUUGGUCUUCACAUGUAAUACAAAAUAUGGGGGGAUGAACAUUCUGUGGUUCUUCAAUAACCAGCCCCUGUCACUCAUUAAGAGGAUGAGUACAUCUGAGGAUAACCAGACCCUCACCAUCAAGAGUGUGAAGAGGGAGGAUGCUGGGUCCUAUCAGUGUGAAGUCUGGAAUCCAAUUGGUGCCAACAGAAGUGACCCCCUCAACCUGACUGUGACCUCCUCCAUCCUCAGCUGCUGGAUCCAGCCAAUGUCUGCUCAAGGUGCUGCUGUCACUGUUGUGCCAAGUCCUCCCUAUGGGAGAGUGGGCAGCAGCAGCAUCUUGGACAUCCGGGGCUUCUCAGAGCAGGUUCUCGGCUAUAGUUGGUACAGAAAGUCAGUAGACAAUUCCAACCUCAUCGCUGCCUACAGUGUCUCUACUGGAGUGCAGACACCAGCAGACAUCCGGGAGAAGAUCUUCUCCAAUGGCUCCCUGCUCAUCCCUGACCUCACUCUUAAUGACUCGGAUGUCUAUUAUGCACACAUUGUUGAUUCUGGUGGCCUGAUAGCUGCCACAGCAAGAGGACAAUUAGCAGUGGACCAGGAGAGUCCAGAACAGGACCCACCCCCACAUAAAGUAGGCCAAGGAGGUGAGAACCCCCCAAACCCAGAGCAGCCUGGUCAUGGAUCACAGAUUGCACAGGAGAGCUCAGAGGUCCCGAGCUCCUCAGGCCCCUGGGCAAGGAAAGGCCAAGAUAAAGGGGCCCAGGCUUCCCUGAAGGACAGACUGGGACAGAAGAACCCAGCUCCUGCUGAGCUGGACAAGGAGAAUUUCAAUGUGGGAACUAAAGGAGUCCUUAAGGCGGAAAUACCAGCCAAACCUAACAUUAGUGCCAACAGUACCAACAUCAUAGAGAAUGGCAGUUCGGUCUUCACAUGUAGCAUAGAAAGUGAGGGGAUGAACAUUCUGUGGGUCUUCAAUAACCAGCCCUUGUCACUCAGUGACAGGAUGAAUACAUCUGAGGAUAACCAGACCCUCACCAUCAAGGGUGUGAAGAGGGAGGAUGCUGGCUCCUAUCAGUGUGAAGUCUGGAAUCCAAUCGGUGCCAACGGAAGUGACCCCCUGAACCUGACAGUGAGCUACGGACCAGAGCACAUCAUGUUUGUACCAAACCCUGAAAGUGGGGAGAUCGAGGUCAAAUUCAAAGACCCACUGACCUUAGAGUGUCAGGUUGAGUCUUACCCACCUGCCCUCUAUGAAUGGCAGGUAAAUGGCACUGUGAACUCUGACUUCUCUGGUAACACCAUUGUCAUCAAAAGUGUAUCUUGGGAAGACUCAGGAAAGUACACCUGUUUGGCAAAGAACAAUGUGACCAACUUAACAAUAUCUAAGGACCUUACAGUCAAGGUGGUUGCAGACAAGUCCACAGGAGGAGGGAAUGGCUCCACACUCUCUGGAGGGGCCACAGCUGGCAUUGUGAUUGGAGUCCUAGCUGGAGUAGCUCUCAUCGGGGCCCUCAUCUAUUUCCUGUUCUUCAGGGACACUGGAAGGUACAAUGAGACUUCUUAA